AUGGUUUUUCUAACAAAAAUAUUAAAAAAUCACAACAAUCAAUUAUUUAAUCAAUUGAUAUUAAAAAGACAAUAUAAGAAUAUAUUUUCAUAUAGAAGGGGGCAGUUUUUUUCUACGGUAUUUAAAGAAGUACCUUUUUUAUUAAAAACACCGCACUUCCUAUCUCAAAGUAGAAGCACUUCAUUUUUUGCAGUUGAAAAAACUAAUAAUGAAACAAACAAGAUUUAUACGGGUUAUUGGCUUUUAGGGUGUUCUGGUCUUGUAUUUAUAAUGGUUGUCUUUGGUGGAUUAACACGGAUAACAGAAUCAGGAUUAAGUAUUACAGAAUGGAAACCUAUUACAGGUAUUUUCCCUCCAUUGUCUCGUGAUAAAUGGAUUCUUGAAUUUGAAAAGUAUAAAGCUACACCAGAAUUUAACUAUCUUAAUCGAAAUAUUUCUUUGUCUGAUUAUCAAUUUAUUUAUAAUAUGGAAUGGGGACAUAGAAUUUUUGGUCGAAUUAUUGGAAUUGCUUUUAUUCUUCCAGCAGCAUAUUUUAUUAUAAAGAAAAAAGUAACUCCGAAUAUAGCUAAAAGAAUAUUUUUUAUGGGAGGGUUAUUAGGAUUACAAGGAUUUAUUGGUUGGUGGAUGGUUAAGUCAGGAUUAGAGUAUGAAAAUUUCAAAGAAGCGGGUUCAGUUCCACGAGUCAGUCAAUAUCGGUUAGCAACUCAUUUAGGAAUAGCGCUUUUUCUAUAUAUCAGUAUGUUAUGGACAGGAUUAGAUAUAUUAAAAGAAAAUAAAUGGGCAACUAAAACAAAUGAAGCUAAAAGUUUUGUUCUUAAAGAAUUAAACAGUCCUCCAUUUAAAAAACUUAAAAAAAUGAUUUUAACACUCAAUUGUUUAGUAUAUAUAACAAUGUUAUCAGGAGCAUUUGUUGCAGGAUUGGAUGCAGGUCUUAUUUAUAAUACUUUCCCAUAUAUGGGGAAAUCUCUAAUUCCACCAAAGUCUGAACUUUUUUCUGAAAAAUAUUCUUAUAGUACGUCUAAAUUAGAUAUAUGGUGGAGAAAUAUGUUAGAAAAUCCUGUGACAGUUCAGCUUAAUCAUAGAAUUCUUGCAACAAGUACAUUUUUCUUAGCAGCUGUAGUAUUCUUUUACUCACGAAGACCGGCAUUUUUAAAAAUAGCCCCUCCAGAAUUAAAAAAUACUAUUUCAGCUCUUAUGGCAGCUGUAUCUAUGCAAGUUAUUCUUGGUAUAUCAACUCUUGUGUAUUUAGUCCCUAUGCCACUGGCUACUGCACAUCAAAUGAAUAGUCUUAUUGUUUUAACAUCUAUUAUAAUUGCAGGAAACAGAUUACAUAUACCAAAAUAUUUUUUAAAAAAAUACCCAAUUUAUCAAAUUAUUUCAAAUUCAAAAUUUAAAAACAAUAUAAGGCUUUAG